UUGUAUUGAUGGCACUAUUGGUGAGAAAGCCUAAAAUGAAUCGCAUGUAUUACUAUCUGCAGCACCUGUGCAUCGGUGACCUAAUGUGUGGUUUCUUUAAUGUGUUUCCUCAACUUAUAUGGGACAUCACCUAUCGAUUCUAUGGAGGAAACAUUUUGUGCAAAAUAAUCAAAUAUCUUCAAAUUCUCGGUCCAUAUCUGUCGUCAUAUAUAUUGGUAAUCACUGCUAUUGACAGAUAUCAGGCAAUAUGUCAUCCAUUGAUGAACUGUUCGUGGACUCAGCAGAGGUCACAAUUGAUGAUUUUGAUGGCAUGGAUACUGUCUCUUAUUAUGUGUUGCCCACAAAUCUACAUAUUUUCCUAUCAGCGCAUAUCGCCUACACUUCUAGUAUACGAUUGUUGGGCAACAUUUACCGAACACUGGGAGCGUAUAUAUGUCACCUGUAAUAAUGAUAAUGCUAUCGACGCUCCCGUUAUAGUCAAGAAAAGCACAACAAAUUCAAUGAAACAAAUUCGUGGACAAACCAAGAGACACACCGAAGUCCGUAAGUGUCGCAACUCAUUGCCAAACAUAUCACUGGUGACCACUAAUGGCGUCAACAACAACAACAACAAUACCACUCCUCGAAGUCAUUCAUUGAGAUAUGUGUCCAGAGCUAAGAUAAAGACCGUUAAAAUAACAAUAGUUAUAAUGCUUUUCUAUGUCCUCUGUUCGCUACCUUUUAUUUGUGUUCAACUAUGGGUCCAUUGGUUUCCUCAAUCGGCUUACAUUACAUCAGAAUCAAGGACAGUAGUGUUAAGGAGUGGUAUGUUAUCGCUUCUCGGCCUUUUGGCUAAGAUCAAAGUGUAG